ACCUGUGAAAUGGCAGUGAUGGGAAUUACAUGCCAAGGAGCUCCUGAUCCAGCCGUCAAGCACAAGAAGGAGCUCACAGCUACCAAGGGGCUGAACAAGACAGUUAGUGAAAAGCAGAGCAGUGUUUGCAAAGUAGAAGAUUCAAAGAAGGUCAUCUUUCACAGUCAGUGGAAAAUCCUGAAUGAUGUAAUCACCAAAGGAACAGCAAAAGAAGAAACAGAAGGAGGCUGUGCAUCAAUUUCUAUUAUUGCCCAAGCAGAAUGUGAAAACAGCCAGGAGUUCAGCCCCACUUUAUCAGAGAGAUCCUUUAUUGCUCAUAGUAAGCGUUACAGCCGGUCAGACAGUCUCGAUCAAAUCCCUAACAAUGUGGCCCAUGCAACGGAGGGGAAGAUGUCGUCUACCUGUUGGAGAGGGAGGCAUCGUGGUAAGACGAAAAAGAAACGUCAUAAGAGAAGAUCCAAGCUGAAAGUGCAAACAGUGGCUGCUAGCAGGCGAGGUCCCAGAACUCCAGAACAAGAGAGCUGCACCCCAAUUCCUGUUCAGGAGGAUGAAGCACACCAAAAUACUCUUUACAGAAACAAUUUUUGGGUUUCAGAACUUAACAAGGACUUGGUCCACGAUCCGUUGCCAUUCGAGAAACCCGAGAAAGUUUUGUCCACGGGCAAACUCCAUUCACCAAGGAGCCAGUACAAAACAGAACUGCACAAGUUGAUAAGCCCUAUUCAAUGCCUUAAUCAUGUUUGGAAACGGCACUAUCAGAGGGACAGUGUUCCACAGCCUGAAACUCUCCAUCCUUUUCCCUACAAUAUAAUACCCACUCAUUUCCCACAUCUAGACAGUCCUCUCCAUGCCAUGAAACGUAAUGCUCUGGAGACGUACUUCCAUGGUGAUCUCAACUAUCAAGACAGUGAGCAUCGCUUAUCUGGUCUAAACUUAGAAUAUAGUUUCCCCAAAUGCGUUAACCAGUCCAUGAAAAUCUGUUCGGACAAGAUUUCUGUAGAAGAAUACUUGGUAGACGCCUUGAAGGGGAGCGUGAGUCUCGGUGAACCACAAAAUUUAGCCAGCCUAGCCAAGACAUGGAGAGGAGGCGGUCUGGACCCAAAGGAACAGUUUCAUGAAGCAGAUGAAAAUGAAGGCGUGCUGCUUAAUGAGAAACUAAAGCCAGUGGAUUAUGAGUACCGAGAAGAGGUUCAUUGGACCAAGUGUCAUGGUUCUUUGGGCAUUGGCUCUUUUGGAGAAGUAUACAAAAUAGAGGACAAACAGACAGGAUUUCAGUGCGCUGCCAAAAAGGUACAAGUUGAACACUUCCGUGCAGAGGAGUUAACGACAUGUGCUGCAAUAACAAGUCCUAAGGUUGUCCCCUUGUACGGAGCUGUGAAGGAAGGGCCUUGGGUGACCAUCUUCAUGAAGCUGAUGGAGGGUGGCUCACUAGGUCAGCUAAUUAAACAGAGUGGCUGCCUGCCAGAGGACAGAGCCCUCAGUUAUUUGGGCCAGGCAUUAGAGGGCUUGGAGUAUCUUCAUGCUCAAAACAUUCUCCAUGGAGAUGUAAAAGCGGAAAAUGUGCUCUUGUCUGAUGAUGGAAGCAGGGCUCUUCUGUGUGAUUUUGGUCACUCUGCUCACCUUCAUCCAGAUGGCCUGGGAAAGUGCUUGGUCACAGGGAACUAUGUGCCUGGCACGGAGACUCAUAUGGCUCCGGAGGUGGUCAUGGGAAAGCGUUGUGACUCCAAAGUGGAUGUCUGGAGCAGCUGCUGUAUGAUGCUGCACAUGCUUAAUGGGUGCCACCCUUGGACGCAGUAUUACAAUCACCCGCUCUGUCUAAAGAUAGCUAAAGAGCCACCUCCUCUGAGGGAAAUUCCACCUUCCUGCAACCCUCUCACUGCUGAGAUUAUUAAAAUGGGUCUGGAGAAAGAGCCUGUUCAGAGAGCAUCUGCAUCUGAACUGAAAACUAAGACCAGUGUCGCACUUGAAGAAGUGGGAGGUGUGACAAGCCCCUGGAAAGGCGAAUACAGGGAGCCUAGACAUUUAUCUUCGAACAAAGAAAACAAGCCACAGACAUUCCUGUCCCCUGCAGCAAGCCCAGUUUCUGAGACUGAUUCUGACCCAAAAUUGGCAGUCAAAGUUUCUUGUGCGAGCCCAGUGCUACCACCACCACCACCAUCUCUGGAGCAAACAGAGGAGGUUGAGGGAAUGCCUUGGAAUGUGCACAAGGAGUUAUCUGAGGCCUGGGAUCCUCCACCUCUCUCCUCCACUCCUCUCCCCCUGAAGAGCUGCAGCCACGUGGAGAAAGCAACAACCAUUUCAGAACAAGAGCUUCAGCAGCUGGAAAUAGAACUGUUUUUGAACAGCCUUUCACAGCCUUACUCCCUGGAAGAGCAAGAACAAAUGCUUUCAUGUCUCAGCAUCGACAGCCCUUUUGUGUCAGAUGCCAGUGAGAAGAACUCCAUGAAGGCUUCUCAUAGCUUCAGGGACACUAUGAGCUCUGGGAUUCAUUCCUGGAACAGCCAGACAGAUGGACAGAGCUUCAGUUGGAACAACCUGCUGACCCGCAGUCGGCACGCAGACACUCCCAGCUAUUUCAAUGGAGUAAAAAUCCAGAUCCAGUUGCUAAGUGGAGAAAAUUUACACAUCAGGGAUUUCCACAGGACAAAGGUGGGAGACAUUGCCACUGGGAUAAGCAGCCAGAUACCAGUCCCUGCUUUCAGUCUGGUUACUAAAGAAGGCCAGCCAGUUCACUACGACAUGGAGGUCCCUGACUCUGGUAUUGAGCUGCAGUGCACCCUUGCCCCUGACUGCAGCGUCAGCUGGAUGUGGCGAGUCAAGCAUGGUCAGCUGGAGAACAGGCCGUGA